CCACGGCUCUGAGGACACCGCCUUGCUGGCGGCAGCCUCCGGGGCUGGUGAGGAGGACCGGCCUCUAGUCCUUUGUGGAGAUUACCACUCACCGGGCCCCAAAGCCCCCGUGCGCCAUGUCGGGGUCCACACAGCCAGUGGCCCAGACGUGGAGGGCCACCGAGACCCGCUACCCGCCCCACAGCAUCUACCCGGUACAGAUCGCCCGGCCCCACACGGACGUGGGGCUGCUGGAGUACCAGCACCACCCCCGGGACUACACCUCGCACCUGUCGCCCGGCUCCGUCAUCCCGUCACAGAGGAGGCGGCCCUCACUGCUGUCCGAGUUCCAGCCGGGGAAUGAGCGGGCCCAGGAGCUGCACCUGCAGCAGCCGCACUCCUACCUGCCCGAGCUGGGCAAGGCAGAGGCGGAGUUCAUGGAGAGCAAGCGGCCGCGCCUGGAGCUGCUGCCCGACCCCCUGCUGCGGCCCGCGCCCCUGCUGGCCACAGGCCAGCCCGGCAGCUCUGAGGACCUCGCCAAGGACCGUGGCCUGGCCGGCAAGUUGGAGCCCGUGUCUCCGCCUAGCCCCCCGCACACUGACCCUGACCUGGAGCCAGCGCCCCCCAGGCUGUCCAAGGAGGAACUGAUUCAGAGCAUGGACCGUGUGGACCGGGAGAUCACCAUGGUGGAGCAGCAGAUCUCCAAGCUGAGGAAGAAGCAGCAACAGCUGGAGGAGGAGGCCGCCAAGCCGCCCGAGCCCGAGAGGCCCGUGUCGCCGCCGCCCAUCGAGUCCAAGCACCGCAGCCUGGUGCAGAUCAUCUACGACGAGAACCGGAAGAAGGCCGAGGCUGCCCAUCGGAUCCUGGAAGGCCUGGGGCCCCAGGUGGAGCUGCCCUUGUACAACCAGCCCUCCGACACGCGGCAGUACCAUGAGAACAUCAAAAUAAACCAGGCGAUGCGGAAGAAGCUGAUCCUGUACUUCAAACGCCGGAACCACGCCCGCAAGCAAUGGGAGCAGAAGUUCUGCCAGCGCUAUGACCAGCUCAUGGAGGCCUGGGAGAAGAAGGUGGAGCGCAUUGAGAACAACCCACGGCGGCGUGCCAAGGAGAGCAAGGUGCGGGAGUACUACGAGAAGCAGUUCCCCGAGAUCCGCAAGCAGCGGGAGCUGCAGGAGCGCAUGCAGAGCCGUGUGGGGCAGCGGGGCAGCGGACUCUCCAUGUCAGCCGCCCGCAGCGAGCACGAGGUGUCUGAGAUCAUUGACGGCCUCUCGGAGCAGGAGAACCUGGAGAAGCAGAUGCGACAGUUGGCCGUCAUUCCGCCCAUGCUGUACGACGCAGACCAGCAGCGGAUCAAGUUCAUCAACAUGAAUGGGCUCAUGGACGACCCCAUGAAGGUGUACAAGGACCGCCAAGUCAUGAACAUGUGGAGCGAGCAGGAGAAGGAGACCUUCCGGGAGAAGUUCACGCAGCAUCCCAAGAAUUUUGGCCUCAUCGCCUCCUUUCUGGAGAGGAAGACGGUGGCCGAGUGUGUCCUCUACUACUACCUGACCAAGAAGAAUGAGAACUACAAGAGUCUGGUGAGGCGGAGCUACCGGCGCCGUGGCAAAAGCCAGCAGCAGCAGCAGCAGCAACAGCAGCAACAGCAGAUGGCCAGGACGGGCCAGGAGGAGGAGAAGGAGAAGGAGAAGGAGGCCGAGAAGGAAGAGGAGAAGCCUGAGGUGGACGGCCAUGACAAGGAAGAGCUGAGCAAGGAGAAGACUGAUGACACCUCCGGGGAAGACAAUGACGAGAAGGAGGCCGUGGCCGCCAAGGGCCGCAAGACCGCCAACAGCCAGGGCCGGCGCAAGGGCCGCAUCACCCGCUCGAUGGCCAGCGAGGCCAGCCACGAGGAGGCCGCCACCCCCCAGCAGAGCGCCGAGCUGGCCUGCAUCGAGAUGAACGAGAGCUCUCGCUGGACGGAGGAGGAGAUGGAGACGGCCAAGAAAGGUCUCCUGGAACAUGGCCGGAACUGGUCGGCCAUCGCACGCAUGGUGGGCUCCAAGACUGUGUCCCAGUGUAAGAACUUCUACUUUAACUACAAGAAGAGGCAGAACCUGGAUGGGAUCCUGCAGCAGCACCGGCUGAAGAUGGAGAAGGAGAGGAACGCACGCCGGAAGAAGAAGAAGACCCCGGCCACAGCCAACGAGGAGGCGGCCUUCCCGCCCGCCACGGAGGACGAGGAGAUGGAGGCCUCGGGCGCCAGUGGGAAUGAGGAGGAGAUGGCCGAGGAGGCGGAGGCCUUACCGGCCUCCGGGGGCGAGGCGGCCCAGGGGGAGUGCAGUGGCACAGCUGCGGUCAACCACAGCUCGGACACGGAGAGCGUCCCCUCCCCACACGCCGAGGCCCCCAAGGAUGUGGGGCAGCAUGGACCCAAGCCCCAGGGUGCCGACGGGGCCCCGGCCACAGAGCUUCCAGCCCCAGCACCGGAGGAGGCUACAGCUCCCGCAGGGCCGGUCCCCACCCCCGAGGCCAGCGGCUCCUCCACAGCCCCCGCGUCACCGCCCCCCGCCCCGCCCGUGGUUCCCAAGGAGGAGGAGGCCGAGGCCACCGGGGCCUCCCUGGUGGAUGAGGCUGAGGACCGGAAGCCUCCUGUGGCUGAGGAGCUUGCACCGGACAUGGGGAAGGUGGAGGAACCGGGGACCGCCGAGGGUCCUGGCAGGAGCAUCAAGAGCGAGUGCAAGGAGGAGGCCCAGGCUGAGGAGGCCGAGGCUGAGGACGCCGCGGCAGCGGAGGCCCAGGGCUCUGGCCCGGACCGGGGUGCAGGUGCCGAGGCUCCUGAGCCCCGCCCCGAGGGGCCAGUGAAGGUGGAGAAGAAGGAGGCUGCCGGCAGCAAGGCCGCGUUGGCCAAGGGCCUGGGCGCCCCCCAGGACAGCGACUCCAGUGCCACCUGCAGUGCAGACGAGGCGGAUGAGCCCGAGGGAGGCGACAAGAGCAGGCUGCUGUCCCCAAGACCCAGCCUCCUCACCCCGGCAGGCGACCCCAGGGCCAACGUGUCACCCCAGAAGCCACUGGACCUGAAACAGCUGAAGCAGCGAGCGGCCGCCAUCCCCCCAAUCGUCACCAAGGCCCACGAGACCUCCCGGGAGGACUCGGCACCCCCAAAGCCGGCUCCGCCCGCCCCUCCGCCCCCACCACACCUGCAGCCCGAGAGCGACUCAUCCCUGCCAGCCAGCAGCAGCCCUCGGGGCAAGAGCAGGAGCCCUGCGCCCCCCACCGACAAGGAGGAGAAGCCUGCAUUCUUCCCAGCCUUCCCCGCCGAGGGCCCGAAGCUGCCCACUGAGCCCCCGCGCUGGACGUCAGGCCUGCCCUUCCCCAUGCCGCCUCGCGAGGUGAUCAGAGCCUCUCCACACGCCGCUGACCCCUCUGCCUUCUCCUAUGCACCUCCUGGUCACGCGCUGCCCCUGGGCCUCCACGACGGUGCCAGGCCCGUGCUGCCACGUGCCCCCGCUAUCUCCAACCCACCACCCCUCAUCUCCUCCACCAAGCACCCCAGCCUUCUCGAGCGGCAGAUGGGCGCCAUCUCCCAGGGCAUGUCGGUCCAGCUCCACGUCCCAUACUCGGAGCACGCCAAGGCCCCAGUGGGUCCUGUCACCGUGGGGCUGCCCGCCACUAUGGACCCCAAGAAGCUGGCACCUUUCAGCAGUGUGAAGCAAGAGCAGCUGUCCCCACGAGGCCAGGCCGGCCCCCCCGAAAGUCUUGGAGUGCCCACGGCUCAGGAGACGUCUGUGCUAAGAGGGACAGCCCUGGGCUCAGCUCCUGGCGGGAGCAUCAGCAAAGGCCUCCCUGGGCCGCGGGUGCCCACAGACAGCCCCAGCUCCUACCGCGGCUCCAUCACCCACGGCACCCCGGCCGAUGUUCUGUACAAAGGGACCAUCACCCGGAUCAUCGGGGAGGACAGCCCGAGCCGGCUGGACCGGGCCCGCGAGGACACCCCAAUCAAAGGCCACGUCAUCUACGAGGGCAAGAAGGGCCACGUCCUGUCUUACGAGGGUAGCCUAUCUGGGGCCCAGUGCUCCAAGGAGGAAGGCAGGAGCGGCUCGAACCCACCGCACGAGACGGCCGGCCCCAAGCGCACCUACGACAUGAUGGAGGGCCGUGCGAGCAGGGCCGUCUCCUCGGCCAGCAUCGAGGGACUCAUGGGCCGCGCCAUCCCCUCUGAGCGGCACAGCCCGCACCAUCUCAAGGAGCAGCACCACAUCCGAGGCUCCAUCACACAAGGGACCCCGCGCACAUACAUGGAGGCGCAGGAGGAUUACCUGCGGCGCGAGGCCAAGCUCCUGAAGCGCGAGGGGACACCACCCCCGCGGGAUCUGCCCGAGUCUUCCUACAAGCCCCUGGGGACCCUGAAGCUGAAGCCCAGCCACGAGGGCCUGGUGGCCACCGUGAAGGAAGCGGGCCGGUCCAUCCACGAGAUCCCCCGCGAGGAGCUGCGGCGCACGCCCGAGCUGCCGCUGGCUCCACGGCCGCUGAAGGAGGGCUCCAUCACGCAGGGAACCCCACUCAAGUACGACACCAGCGCCUCCUCCGUGGGCUCCAAGAAGCACGAUGUGCGCUCCAUCAUCGGCAGCCCCGGCCGCACCUUCCCGUCUGCGCACCCGCUCGAUGUCAUGGCCGACGCCCGGGCGCUGGAGCGCGCCUGCUUCGAGGAGAGCCUCAAGAGCCGCCCAGGGGCCGCUGCCGGCACCGGGGGCUCCCUCGCCCGCGGGGCACCUGUGCCCGAGCUGGGCAAGCCACGCCAGAGCCCACUGACCUACGAGGAUCACACAGCGCCCUUCACCAGCCACCUGCCACGUGGCUCACCUGUGACCACAAGGGAGCCCACCCCGCGCCUGCAGGAGGGCAGCCUCUUGUCCAGCAAGGCGGCCCCGGACCGCAAGCUGACGUCGGCGCCUCGCGAGCUCACCAAAUCCCCACACAGCACGGUGCCGGAGCACCACCCCCACCCCAUCUCCCCGUACGAGCACCUGCUCCGCGGCGUGGACCUGUACCGCGGUCACCUGCCCCUGGCCUUCGACCCCACCUCCAUCCCCCGUGGGAUCCCCCUGGAUGCCGCCGCUGCCUAUUACCUGCCCCGGCACCUGGCCCCCAACCCCACGUACCCCCACCUGUACCCGCCGUACCUCCUCCGCGGCUACCCCGACAGCGCGGCGCUGGAGAACCGCCAGACCAUCAUCAACGACUACAUCACCUCGCAACAGAUGCACCACAACGCCGCGUCCGCCAUGGCCCAGCGGGCCGACGCGCUGCGCGGGCUCUCACCCCGCGAGUCCUCGCUGGCCCUCAACUACGCCACGGGUCCGCGAGGCAUCAUCGACCUGUCACAAGUGCCACACCUGCCCGUGCUGGUGCCACCCGCAGGCACCCCCACCGCCACCAUCGACCGCCUCGCCUACCUCCCCACGGCACCACAGCCCUUCAGCAGCCGCCACAGCAGCUCCCCGCUCUCCCCGGGUACCACGCCCGUGCUGCGGCACAGGCAGCUGGGGGGGCCACGCUGCGUGGGCAGGUGCUGCGGCAGCCGGGGGGCCAUGCUGCGUGGGCAGGUGCUGCGGCAGCCGGGGGGCCACGCUGCGUGGGCAGGUGCUGUGGCAGCCAGGGGGGCCACGCUGUGUGGGCAGGAGCUGCGGCACAGGCAGCCAGGUCCCGGGAAGCUCGGCGGGGAGGCCCUCCACCUGCCCCACCUGCGGCCACUGCCCGAGAGCCACGCGUCCUCCAGCCCGCUGCUCCAGGCCACCCCAGGGGUCAAAGGUCACCAGCGGGUGGUCACCCUGGCCCAGCACAUCAGUGAGGUGAUCACACAGGACUACACCCGUCACCACCCCCAGCAGCUCAGCACCCCUCUCCCCGCCCCCCUCUACUCCUUCCCCGGAGCCAGCUGCCCCGUGCUGGACCUUCGCCGCCCGCCCAGCGACCUCUACCUCCCGCCCCCUGAGCACAGCACCCCAGCCCGCGGCUCCCCACACAGCGAGGGGGGCAAGAGGUCUCCAGAGCCGAGCAAGACGCUGGUCCUCGGUGGUGGCGAGGACAGCAUCGAGCCUGUGUCCCCGCCAGAGGGCGUGGCUGAGUCAGGGCACCCCCGGAGCUCCAUUUACCCACUGCUGUACCGGGACGGGGAGCAGGGGGAGCCCAGCAGGACGGGCACCAGCCAGCCGCCCGCCUUCUUCAGCAAGCUGACUGAGAGCAACUCAGCCAUGGUCAAGUCCAAGAAGCAAGAGAUCAACAAGAAGCUGCACACCCACAACCGGAACGAGCCGGAGUACAAUAUUGGCCAGCCUGGGACGGAGAUCUUCAACAUGCCUGCCAUCACCGGAGCAGGCCUUAUGACCUGUAGAAGCCAGGCGGUGCAGGAGCAUGCGGGCACCAGCAUGGGGCUGGAGGCCAUUAUUAGAAAGGCGCUCAUGGGUAAAUACGAGCAGUGGGAGGAGCCUCCGCCUCCGCCGCUGGGCACCGGUGCUUUUAACCCUCUCAAUGCCAGUGCCAGCCUGCCCGCUGCCGCUCUGCCUGUAACCGCUGCUGACGGACGGAGCGACCCCACGCUCACCUCGCCAGGUGGUGGCGGGAAGGUCAAAGCCCCUGGCAGGCCCGGCAGCCGCAAGGCUAAGUCCCCGGCCCCCGGCGCCGCAUCUGGAGAGCGGCCGCCCUCCGUCUCCUCCGUGCACUCCGAGGGCGACUGCAACCGCCGGACACCGCUCAGCACGCGCGUGUGGGAGGACCGGCCCUCGUCCACAGGUUCCACGCCCUUCCCCUACAACCCCCUGAUCAUGCGGCUGCAGGCCGGAGUCAUGGCCUCCCCGCCCCCACCGGGCCUCCCCGCCGGCCCCCACCAUGCCUGGGACGGGGAGCCCAAGCCUCUGCUCUGCUCUCAGUACGAGACGCUGUCCGACAGCGAGUGACUUCCAGUGACUUCCAGUGACUUCCGUGCAGCGCAAGUGGUGUGGGGCCCGGCGCGUGCCUUGGAGCCGCCCGGAGCCGGCCUGCGCGUCCGUCCACCGCCCGCCAUCCGUCCACCGCGGCUCCUGCCUGUCUUAAGCCUUAACCAAGCCCCGCCCCGGGCUGGCCCUGCGCAGUGACCUUACUCAGGAGACGUUCGCCUGGUGCUCGGGACGGGAGGGAGGGGAGGCGGGGAGGCGGCAGGCCGGGGACCCAAGCCAGGACGACCACGCACCUCCAUGCCACCGCCCGCCCUCCCCUCGAUCUGGAACCAAAGUCUAUACCGAGCUAGCGGCCCUGCCCCCUCGCGCUGCCCCACCCGCUUCCCGCUGGACAGGCCACGCAGGCCCUGUCCCCCCAGCGCUCUUGUCCACAGACCCCACAGGCAGCCCAGGCCGGCCAGGCCCGAGUGCAGCAGGCUGGGUGCAGGCCGGGCACGCAGGAGCCGAGGAGCUGGAUGGUGCGCGGCGCGGGAGGGAGGUGGUGUAAACGAUGCAUUGGUUUACAGGGUGUAUUUUUGAUACCUUCAGUGAAUGAGUUCAGAUGUUUUCCAUGAGGAAGGAUUUUCCCCAGUAUCGCUGCUGUGCUUUCCCACCUCUGCUUGCCGUCCGGAGGCGGCCCCAGGGCCCCGGGCGGAGGCCAGGGACCCCACGUCCUCCCUCCUUCCCUAGGUGGGAUGAAUUCAUGCGUGAUCUGUGGCCGCCACCGGCAGCGUGGUGGGGUCUUGUCAUUCACACACAUUGUUCUGAUUAAAAACAGAAUCAUA